AUGCCACAGCUGACCCACAUCCUACGCUUCAAGGUGCUCGCCGUCGAGUGCGGGGUCCUGCAGACCGGCCAGCAGUACACGAUUUAUUACCGCCGCGGCGAUACCCGGCGGUCCACCCCGUGUUAUACCGCCCGAAACGGCCUGGUGGACUUCAGCCCGAUGCCGGAAGGGGCCUCCGUGAUUCACUUCAAGAGCGGGACGGUGGGGCGGCGCUUCGCGCCGAAGUACAUCCUCUUCCGGCUCGAGGAAUACAUCGUCGGGGUGCCGCGCCGGACGGUGUGCGAGACGAACGUGGACUGCGGGAAUGUCCUCGGGCCCUACGACAACGCCGGCUCCGGGGUAAUCGAGGCCCCGAUCCAGAUUUACGGCGUCAGCGCCAAAAUGAAAGUGGCCAUUUUAGUCUACCCCGAGAACGGGCUGCCGUUGUCGUUUGAUUUGAUUCUUAAGCCCCAGCCGCCCGGUCCUGUGGAAGGAUCGGUGGGGAAAGUGUCGGUGAUGUCCCGUGGUGAGGCGAUGACGCUGCUUAUUUCGCUCGAGACGAUGCUGGAGCGGAAAAAGCAGGCGAACGCCGAAGCCCUUCCCCCGACCGCGGCCCGGAGCGCGUUAAAGUUGAGGGAAUUGGAGGAAAAGCGCAAUGAGCUGACAGGGGUGGAGGGGAUGGCCUCCAAGGCCAUCACGGCCCGCUGCCAGGACGUCGUGAAGGCGCAGUUCGUCGCGCUGGCGCGGCAAUUCCGCGCGAACUACGUCGGCGCCACGGCGGCUUAUCUUCGUCAGAUGGCGUUAAUGAGCGGCGUCCUUCGCGGCGAUCCCACCGCGAUGAAGUCCGAGCACGCCCUGCGGGAGCAAACGGCGCGAACCACCAGCCGGAUUGACGAUUUACGGCAGCAAAUCCACCAAUUAGAGCUGGAUCAGCUGAGCCUGGGGCGAAUUCAACACAAGACCGACGUCACCGCGGAGUUGAUGGCCAACCUGGAGAAGGUGGACUCCCUGACCGGGCAGAUCCGAAUCCUUGAGCAAACCCAAGAGACCAACGAAAAGGCCUUGAGUAGCCGCGAUAGCUCCACCACCCCGCUUGGGCGGGAGGUAAAGCGCAUUAACGACCACAUCGACGCCCUGGCGUCCGAGCAAGAGCAGCUGCGAGGGCAAGUCCGUCAUAUGGUCAGUUCGGCCGCCGCCCAUGUAUUAUCGUGGGCGCGGAGCAAAAAUCCACCCCAGGCCGAGGUCCGAAACGACGCCGCGAUUGACAACCUCUUCCGCGAUACGGGCGAGGCGAAGUUGUCUACGGAGCCGCCCCGGAAAGGCAUGGCGGGUUCCAACCCAAAGUCAAUGGCCCUCCCUCAACGCGCGCAAUCGCGAUCGUCCUCCGAGCAUCGCACGCCGAACGAUGCCUUCAACCCCAAAGACUUGCCCUCGAUGGGGGAUUUCCGAGAAAAUGAAACCCAGCACCGAAAGGAGAAGCCAGGCGACGCCAAGCCGCAGUACCCCGAUCCCUUAAAACCCACGGGACUCAACACCGACAUGUUCGCCCAGUCCAGUUCCGAGCCGUCCAUCGCCAAUUCCUCCGCCUUCCAUUUAAUGGGCAGCACCCACACCCCGCUCGAGCCGGGCUUCAGCAUAAACGUCAUACCCGAUUCCAUCCAGACCAUGUUUUACGAUACGCCCCGCGGGAACGUCGAGAGCCAUUUGGACCCCUACAAUGCGGCCCUCCACGACUCCCCGCUCCCGCAGAGUCUCGAGGAGGCGGGCGACCCAACCGCCCCGCGAGGAUUCCCCAAUUUCGGCUACGAGGCCUACGCCAGGGAAGGAAUGCACUCCGAAGAAGCCGCCCACCCUUCAUUGUCUAAACCCCCGGCGUUAAAUUUCGAGACGUUUUACGAGGCCGGCCCACCGGCCGUUGAGGGGAAUCCGACGACGAUAUUUUACGAACCGCAGAGUUUUAGCCAGGGCAAACCCACCUACGAUUUCGCCCCGUCAGUCGACACGACCACUCAGGAAAAUGAUAGCAAGGCUCAGGACAAGAAAGACAAUGUCCCCAUAUACAACUUUGCGAGCUAA